UUUUACUUUAUAAUUUAAUUUUUAUGUAAACAAGUAGAAUUAACUUAUUCUUUCAGUAAUUUGAAGCAAUUUCUAAGUAAUUUAGAUCGCUUUUACCAAAUUUUAGUUUUGAACUUAAAUCACAUUUUUUCUCCUAAUUAAAACUAACGUAGUUCAAAUUUUCAUUAAUUAAUCUCUAAAUGAUGCUUAAAUUUUAAAUUAAAGACACAAUUGAGUAAUUUAUUAAGGAAGGAUUUCAAUAAUUUGAGAGUAAUCGAUGACGAUUCUUGAUAAUGUUGACUUGUCCUCAGUCCAGAGCUGUCUGAAACAACUUCAGGCUCUUUUGGACGAGGCCAGAUAUUCCGAGGCUGCUAAAUUUUGCCAUAAAUGUUUGAAGAAAUGGCCUGGUGAAAAUUCAUUUUACCGAGUUAAGGCUUUUUGUGAGAUUCAGCUUUCUCGAUGGCACAGUUGUUUGCAAACCAUCGGUUGGCUUCAUGGUUUUCGCCCUCAUCCAGCCGCAACAACUUCUAGAAAAUCAGAUAAGAAUAAUAGUGAUGACGUAAAAGAGAGUUUAAAAGAGGCUGUUAAGACACAUUAUAAUAACGAUUUAUGUUGCUGGUUACAUUUUGAGCAGAGUUAUUGUUAUUACAAAUUAGGCAAAUAUAAGCCUGGUUUGAAAACACUGCUACUGUGCUUUAACAACUUGCCGCCCCAAGAUUUACUUAAAUCUACCCAUAAACAUGGUUCCGUUAACCAAGUUAAUAAGGCAAAUGAGGACGAAUUGUAUGAAAAGACUGAUAUGGGAACCGUAAAUUUCAAUGAUAAAAAGUUGACACUGUUAUUGGCCCAGUUGUGUCUAAGAAUAGGGAAUUUUAAAGAGGCGAGUGAUAUUUACAGUAAACUAAAGCUCAAAGGCGCCGAGUCUCUCUUAUCCAUUAAUCGCUUAAGCGUUGACUUAUCCCUUUCAUCUCAGCAUUCCAAGGGUAACGAGUUACUGAACUCACUAGCGAAGAAGAUUGAUGAUCAUAUACUGAAUGAAAGACAUGAUCCUUACGAAUUAUAUUUUAAUUAUGCGUGUGCUUUCGUUUUGUUGGAUGAUGUUACUCGUGCCCAAGAUUAUCUAGAUAUUGCUAAUGAAAUGUUGGAGGGUGAGUUAAAGCAGGAAGGAGUGGAUUUGGACCCUGAAGACCAGGUGGAAUUUGCAAACAUUUUUGCGUUCAGAGCAUAUUUGAAUUUUAAAAGAGGAAACUUUGAACUCGCUAAAUCAAUUAAUACAAACCUAAUCAAAACUUUCGAUAAUACAUCGGAUGUCGAUCAAGCAACUGUAUUGGUAUCGCUGAAUAAUCAACUUUUCUUUGGGGUUGAACCUGGAGAAGUAACGUUGAUGGUUAGGAAAAUCGAAAGUUUAAUUAAAAAGGAACAAAUAUCCAGAAAAUUCUCAAACUCAGAAUUGAGGAUGAUUCAUGGUAAUUGUGUUUGGGCUUGUUUAUCAAGUGGUAACUUGAAAGAGGCACAACGUUAUUUGGAAAAUUUUAACCGAGCGCUCGAUCAAAAGGAUUUAUUACUAUAUAAAGCAGCUGUUAUGUGCCUUGAGGAGAAGUAUACGAAGUCGGUUUCUUUAUUGCGUCAGGCUAUUUCUCAAUUUGGAGAGCAACAUUUCGUGCUCUCGUUAACCAAGUUACUCAUUAAGCAGUCGAAAUUCAAAGAUGCAUUUUCACUCUUGCAACAGCACAAACAACACUACAAUCAGUAUAACGAACAUUACAGAGAAUAUCACCGUUUAUAUGUGAAGUUGUGUAUAUUACUUGGCUUAAAAAGUGAUGUAAUUGCUGUGUUAAAUAACUACAUAAGAAACCCUAAGUCUGGGUGUGAUGAGGUGGUCAAACUUGGCUGUAACUAUUUGGAAAGUAAUGGGCUCCAUGAGGAAGUAGUGAAGGUCUGCAAGACUUUGUAUCAGAGGAACAAGAAUGAUUUGUCAGCCAAGUUGGGAGUUGUUUAUAAUCAAACCUUCCUUGAUGAGUCAGUUAUCGAAAUCGAUGAACAAUUUUCCAAUAGUUUUAUAAGAGAAGUCAGAUUUAUAGAUGCUGAGGAGUUGGAGAAUGAGUAUAAGAUAACGUAUGAUAUUGGAGAGGAAGAAAAAGUUGGUAAAUCUAAGGUUAGAAAAAGAAGGAAAAGAAGAAACAAGAAACCUAAGAAUAUGGUUGGAACUCCAGAUCCAGAACGUUGGUUACGUAAAAGUGAAAGAACUGCAUAUAAGAAACAAGCUAAGAGGAGGAAGGAUAUGUCUAGAGGUAAUACUCAAGGCUCAACUUCAAGUUAUUCCACCAAACCCACAACUGGCUCAAUUAGCGCCACUUCUAGCAACGUUAAGAGGGGAAAGAAGAAGAAACGUUGAAAAUAAAACUAACUAAUUUACAUUAUUAAUUUAUUCUAAAAAUACA